ACUACAUAAUAUGAGUUGGAUAUCUACAGUUUUCAUUGGGAGUAAUUUGCUUUUAUUGUUUUUUAGUUUCCUCCAGAUGAUCCACGUUUUCAGAGCUCAAAUAUUUGUAUGCCACUUACUCGUUCAGCUCCAGUGUGCAAUCCCAGAACAUUUAUACGAGAACAGAUCAAUGCAAUCACCUCCUUCAUUGAUGCCAGCAUGGUAUAUGGCAGUGAAGUACCUUUGGCUAGGUAUCUGAGGAAUCGGACAAACCAGCUGGGUUUGAUGGCUGUGAACCAGAAAUUUACAGAUGCAGGGUUAGAAUUACUGCCUUUUGAGAACAAGACCAAAAGUAUCUGUACUUUCACAAACAAGACAGCAAACAUCCCCUGUUUUAAAGCAGGUGAUGCACGAGCACCUGAAAAUCUGGGGCUUACAGCUCUGCACACCCUCUUUUUGCGGGAACACAAUCGCCUGGCUGCCGAGUUAAGGAAACUAAAUUACCACUGGGAUGGAGAGAAGCUCUACCAGGAAGCCCGAAAAAUAAUAGGUGCUAUGACCCAGAUAAUAACAUACAGAGACUACCUGCCCCGUGUAUUUGGAGAUGAGAAGGAGAAGUGGGUACCACUGUACAGUGGCUAUAAUGAGUCAGUUGAUCCCACUGUGACAAACGUGUUUUCACUGGCUUUCCGAUUUGGUCAUAGUACAGUACAGCCUUUUGUGUCCCGGCUAAAUGAGGAUUUCCAGCCUUCAAGUUCAUAUCCCUGUGUUCCUCUUCACCUCACCUUCUGUGCUUCCUGGAGAAUUGUAAUGGAAGGUGGCAUUGAUCCACUUCUCCGUGGUCUGCUCGUUGAUCAUGCAAAACUGAUGAAGCAGAGCCAAAUGGUUGUUGUGGAACUCCAGGAGCGGCUUUUUGAACAAAAAGAAGUGAUGGGUUUGGAUCUACCAGCCAUAAACAUGCAACGGGGAAGAGAUCAUGGUCUUCCAGGGUACAAUGCCUGGCGACGAUUCUGUGGGCUUUCAGAACCUCACAACCUGGAUGAACUCUCUCAUGUGUUGGGAAACCGAAAUCUGGCAAAGAAGUUCUUAGACCUGUAUGGGACACCAGACAACAUUGACAUCUGGAUUGGGGCCCUUGCAGAGCCCUUUGUUCCCAAGGGCAGAGUGGGGCCUCUCCUGGCUUGUAUCUUUGGUGUUCAGUUCAGGAACUUGCGAGAUGGGGACAGGUUCUGGUGGGAGAACCCAGGGGUUUUUACUUUGCAGCAGCGUCGUGCCCUGAGCAUCAUCUCAUUGUCACGUGUGAUUUGUGACAACACCCACAUCACAAUGGUCCCCAGGGAUGUGCUCAAGGUCAACAGCUAUCCCUGGGACUUUGUGAACUGUAGCAAGAUUGACAGUCUUGACUUGUCAUCCUGGAAAGAAGAGAGUCACAGUGGACUAGAAGGUAGAGUGGAUCCUCUCAUCUCUCUAGUCUUCUGCCUACACAUUUCCCUGACACAUAGCUUUGAAAUAGACAUUGCCAAAUGA